AUGUUGGACUUGAACACCUUCAUCCAGAAGAACCAGUGCGAAUGUUUGAACGAAUCGAACGACCACCCGAUGGUAAAUGCGCUCAGUUCCAGCGGUGGUCAUCUGGUGUCCGAUUGUGACGAACAGUUGAUCAUUUCGAUUACCUUCAAUCAGCUGGUCAAAAUCAGUGCCAUCAAGUUCAAAGCACCGCCCUCUCACGGACCGAAAAAAGGUGAGAAUCUUUAUCAAUCAACCAAGCACCAUCGGUUUCGAUAUGGCCGAAUCGCAAGUUUCGGUGCAGGAUCUGGUACUGGGGCGGAAGGAUCUUGUGUCGGGAUCGCCGAUUCCGUUGAAUUUCAGAACGUGCAGAAUAUGCAGCUGUUCGUGAAGGAUAACCAUUCUGGUGACGAGACGACCAUUAUCGAUCAUUUGGCCUUCAUCGGGUCACCGAUUACAACGACUAAGAUGGAUGACUUCCAGCGGGUGGCUGGGAAGAAGGGUGAAAGCCACUAG